AUGCCCACCGAAUCCCAAGAAGCAUCGCUGGCGAGCAUUCUCGUCGCUCGUUUUCUACGGACACAUAAUUACACGCAGACUCUCGACGCCUUCCUGCGCGAAGCGGGACUCCCGGCCAACGCGGGGCAACUCCGCGACAAGGACGAGGGGAACGUCUGGACGAUCGAGGGCGUCCUCGAGGAGAAAAAAGCGUUCGACCAGAGUGUGAAUUUCGAACGGUACGGCGAGGACGAAAAGGAGAAAGGCAUCUGGAGUGUCCCAGCCCCUACCAAACCAAACAUCGUCGCAACCCCAACCGCCUCAAAUAUACUGGCAUGCUCCGUGGAGCAAUGGCAACUCCCCAGCGACAACAACAACAACAACAACGAACACCUCAACGCCCCAUCGGCCUAUCUAGUCGCGACAGGCGCAGACAAGCACCUCAAUCUCUUCCAGACGUCCGCCGGCUACGAUCCCGCCCAGUCCUUCUCUGGGACUUCGGAGGCCCCGAUUCUAUCCUACGCCCCCAUCCAGGGUGGAAAAUGCGCGCUGUUAACUAACAUGUCCGGCCAGCUGCUCCUGCAGCGAGGCGCAGAGAUCCUGGACCGGAGAAAAGACCACGCCAAAUAUGCCGUCAAAGUCGUCACCCACGAGGACAGUAACACUGAUGGAUCCGGGACCGUCUGGAUCGCAACGGCAGGCUGGGAUUCGAAGAUCUUCCUCUACCGCACCAGUCUCACAAACGAUGAAGCAGCACCGAUGACAAUCGGCGAACCGGUCGCAUCUAUCCCUCUGCCCUCGAACCCGGAAUCCAUCCUCUUCGUCCGCCACAUCGACACCAACGAGCUGAUCCUCCUCGUCUCCCGCCGUGACUCCACCUAUCUGUAUUACUACCGGGUCGUCGCACCCGCGCAGCUCCGGGAUUCACCUUACGAAUGCGUCUGCCUCGGUAAGCAGAAUCUCGCCCCUCACUCAAACGCCUGGGUCGCCUUCUCCCCCUCGUGUCUCGCCCUCAGCCCGCUCGACCCCGGCCUCCUUGCCAUCGCGACCUCGACGCUCCCGCACAUGAAAGUCAUGAUCGUGCGUCUGCUGUUUCCGGCAGCUUUGGCCGAGAGUCGAGAUGCGGGUGCGGAUGCGAAUGCGAAUGAGGAUGCAGAGCCGCAGACACAAGCCGCGCAGGCGUUCGCGGCCCUGUCGCUUCAGAACCGCGAGGACGCGGCCAUCUUGAUCCAGGCGAAUACGUUCGCUCCGCAGACGGCGUACUCGACGCCGCAGGUCGUGUGGCGGCCCGAUGGCUCCGGGGUCUGGGUUAAUGGGGAUGAUGGGGUUAUACGCGGGGUGGAGACCAAGACGGGGAAGGUCGUGACGCUGCUGAAGGAUGGGCAUCAGGUUGGGUGUAAGAUUCGGGCCAUUUGGGCGGGGUGGGUUGAGACGACUGCGAAAGGAGGGGAGGUCGAGAGAGAGGAGUGGUUGGUUAGUGGGGGGUUUGAUAAGAGGCUUGUGGUUUGGAAGGUGGAGUGA